UUCUAUAGGUGCUGAUACAAAAACAGCUUAGCAAUGGAUCAAAGGAAAAAUGAUAGUUUUGUCCCAAGUAUCACGCAAUUGGAAGACUUCCUGACAGAACAUGACUCCAAUGUAGUUUGGCUGUUAGUAGCGACAAUAUUGUCUUGCGGAUGGAUUAUCUACCUAACUUAUUAUAAUUCCCGGAACAUUGGACUUAUUUUAACAUUGGUUCUUAACAGAUUAUAUAAACAUGGCUACAUCCAUAUUGGUUCCUUCUCGUUCUCUGUGCUGUCUGGAAAAGUCAUGGUUCGUGAAAUCUAUUACAUCACAGAAGACAUGUCUAUCAGAAUCCAAGAUGGAUUUAUCAUAUUUCGCUGGUGGAAGAUGUACAACCCCAAGCAGAAACAGCAUGAUCCAAAGGCAGAAACAAGACUGUAUAUUAUGGUGAAUGACUUUGAAUUUCAUGUGUAUAACCGUUCUGAACUCUAUGGACAACUUCAAGAACUGUUUGGCUUGGAUCCCACAAUAAUUCCAGCAAAGAAAGAAGACGAAAAAGCAGAAAUAAAUGGAAGACAGAGAAGGCAUACCAAUCUUGAAAGUGUUAAAGUAAAAACAGAAUCUCAAGACCCUUCUUCUUCAUGGAGGUCCCUUAUUCCUGUCAUUAAAGUCAAUGUGAGCACGGGUCGCUUGGCAUUUGGGAAUCAUUAUCAGCCACAAACACUUUGUAUCAACUUUGAUGAUGCUUUUUUGACUUACACCACAAAACCACCUUCUAGUCACCUUGAUCAGUUUAUGCACAUUGUGAAAGGAAAAUUGGAAAAUGUUAGAGUCAUGCUGGUUCCAAGUCCAAGAUACGUUGGUCUUCAAAAUGAUGAACCACCAAGGCUGAUGGGUGAAGGUUUUGUUGUAAUGCAGUCCAAUGACGUUGAUAUCUAUUACUAUAUGGAUGAACCAGGUCUUGUACCAGAGGAGACAGAGGAAAGUAAUGAUGGAGAAGCAAACAAUGAAGACAGCAAAUUACAGGAUCUGCCACCAUGUUGGGGUUUGGACAUUGUUUGUGGAAAAGGAACAGAUUUCAACUAUGGACCUUGGGCUGAUAGGCAGAGGGAUUGCUUGUGGAAGUUUUUCUUCCCACCAGACUACCAGGUUAUGAAAGUCUCAGAAGUUGCACAGCCUGGGAAACCAAGACAGAUUCUUGCUUUUGAACUGCGGAUGAAUAUCAUUGCUGAUGCCACCAUAGAUUUGCUUUUUACCAAAAAUAGGGAAACUAAUGCUGUACAUGUAAACGUUGGUGCAGGAUCGUAUUUGGAAAUAAAUAUUCCCAUGACAGUAGGUGAAAAUGGCUACUCACCUACAAUUAAAGGGCAGCUUUUACAUGUUGAUGCCACCAGCAGUAUGCAGUACAGGACUCUCUUAGAAGCAGAAAUGCUAGCUUUUCAUAUUAAUGCAAGUUAUCCCCGGAUAUGGAACAUGCCACAGACAUGGCAAUGUGAACUCGAGGUUUAUAAGGCAACCUAUCAUUUUAUCUUUGCUCAGAAAAGCUUCUUUACAGGUAAGUACUUUACUGAAAAAUUUACAUAUCGAUUUAAAUAUUCUUUCUUUAGGAUUUCUUUCCAAAUCUUGCAAAGGCAAAGUUUUGGCAAUAAAGAGGCACAUACUGUGGUUUGCGAUAUUUAGGAUAACAAAUCAUCCCUGGAGGUGAAGUUCUGAACGUCUUUAUUGGCUAUUAGCACAUAAGCAAAAGAUAUUCAUGUAUUUCAGUAGAGAUGUUGAAUAUUUUUUUUGAACAUAUAAACCAAAUUAAACCAGUUAGGUUUAAAUUCAUUUCAAAUUUAAGAUUCCUUUUUUCUUACCAGGACUAUUGAUUUGUUAAAUAUUUAUUACCUCAGAGAAAUCAAUAUCUUAUGUUUUACUCUUCUUUGGCUGAUCGAUUUUUUUAAACCACUUAGGCUUUUGGUUGUCUCAACUUGACUAACAAAUGAUAACUGAAAAUAAUUGACUCCUUCAGACUUUGCCUCGGUGGAAGAAUACACGCGUGCAAUGCUGUACGUGAUACAGCAUGACGAAACUAUGACUGAAUGUUCCACCUCCAAUAAUAGAAAGAGCAUAGCUACAUCAAUGUGGCACUGCCUGGGCUAAUUACCACUGCUGGCAGAAAAGAUUAGGCCAGUAAUCUUAAUCAGUACUGCUGUGCUAAGAAAGUUAUUUUCCAUGUGAGGCCUGAGAGAUGACAUGCCUAGUGCUGAAAUACAUGCCGUAGUAUACAAAUCGAUUCAGAGAGCUUCAGAAGCUUUAUGAGCUUCGUCAUAACCUCUGUGU